ACGGUGCUGACCUGCGCUCGUCCGUGGGUACUAUGAUGGGCACGCAUUUCGCGAUGUUUCAUCAGGGAAACACAGACAAGCCUCCACUUUUCUGGGAGGGCUUUUCACUAGAUGUUGGAACAUUGCUGCGGGGACUUGCUUCCAUUCAACCACAAGAGCAAACUGAAACAGGAAAUGGCCACAAAGUUGGAAGCACAAUUGUCUGGAAUGUCAUUGUAUGCUGUAGCAUUAAGAUUUCCCUUCACUGGAACUAAGGGGCCUAGCCCAAACCAUGAAAAACAACCCCAGAUCAUUAUUCUUCCUCCACCAAACUUUACAGUUGGCACUAUGCAUUGGGGCAGGUAGCGUUCUCCCGGCAUCCGCCAAACCCAGAUUUGUCUGUUGGACUGCCAGAUGGUGGAGCGUGUUUCAUUACUCCAGAGAACGCAUUUCCACUGCUGCAGAGUGAUGGCAGCAAGCUUUACACCACUCCAGCUUACGUUUGGCAUUGCGCAUGGUGAUCUUAGGUUUGUGUCGGCUGCUUGGCCAUGGAAACCCAUUUCACGAAGAUCCAGACAAACAGUUCUUGUGCUGACGUUGCUUCCAGGGGCAGGUACCACAUUGAAAGUCACUGAGCUCUUCGUGUGCCAUAGUGAUGAACCUGAGUGCUGUUGAUCGCUGUGCGUUUGUGAAGACCACCCCAGACUGCAGUAUGGAAGACAGCUUCAUCAACUACCUCAAGAUGACCUUCUGUCUACUACCACCCGACCUCACACCCCUCACCAUCACACUCUGUAUGAUUUGGUUGUUGUUCUUGUUCAUAGUUCUGGGACUGACUGCAUCAAAGUUCUUCUGUCCCAACCUCUCAGCCAUCUCCUCCUUCCUUCGACUCACACACAACGUGGCUGGUGUUACGUUCCUGGCGCUAGGUAACGGAGCCCCAGAUGUCUUCAGUGCCACAGUGGCCUUCUCCCGUCCACACACUGCUGGCCUGGCGAUAGGUGCACUGUUUGGAGCGGGUAUCUUCGUAACCACUGUGGUUGCCGGGGCUGUGUCAUUGGUCAAACCCUUCACUGUGGCGUCCCGCCCCUUCCUGCGUGAUGUCAUCUUCUACAUGGCUGCUGUCUUCUGGACCGUCGUCAUCCUCUACAGAGGAACUAUAUCACUGGGAGAGACACUGGGGUACCUGGGGCUAUAUGUGGUGUAUGUGGUAACAGUCAUCGCCAGUGCCUACAUCUACAGUCAUCAGAAACACUCAGCAACCAGAAGUUCCAUCCAGAGCUCAACACAUGUACCAGAGUUCCAGUCGUCUGAGUCAGAUGAUGAGGCAAUUCUUAUAUCUAAUAGCAGCAUCCAGGAGGACUACGACAGUGAGUACUGUCCCCUGCUGCCCUACUGUGAAUCAACCAGUUCCAUCCUGUUGAGUUCUCUCAACCCGGUGGACAGCAGGAUCUGGAGGAGGAAGUCCUGGCGCUGGAGGGCCAUCAAAAUAGUAAAGAUGCCACUGGAGGUGCUGCUGCUGCUGACUGUUCCCGUGGUGGAUCCUGAUAAAGAAGACAGGAACUGGAGAAGACCAUUAAACUGCCUCCACCUGAUCACCGCACCACUGGUGUGUGUGCUCACCUUCCGUUCUGGAGAGUACGGGAUGUAUCAGAUCGAGGAUCAGUUUCCUGUCUGGGUGUUGACGUUGCUCUUUGGCCUCUUCCUCUCCGCCAUAGUCUUUCUCACCACCACCAACAACCACCCCCCGCCAUACCACUCACUGUUCUCUCUGCUGGGCUUUGUGGUGAGUGCGAUAUGGAUCAGUGCUGCGGCUUUGGAGGUGGUCAGUAUCCUGCACAUGCUCGGUGUGGUCUUCAGUCUGUCCAACAAUUUACUGGGUCUCACACUGCUGGCCUGGGGAAACAGCAUAGGGGAUAGUUUUUCUGACGUCACCAUCGCUCGCCAGGGAUACCCUCAGAUGGCAAUAUCAGCCUGCUUUGGGGGAAUCAUCUUUAACAUGCUGAUUGGAGUGGGCCUUGGCUGUCUGAUUCAGAUGUUUAACAACGAGCCAGUGGUGACGUUUGAACCUGCAGGUUUGUUGACCUGGGUUCUAGCAGGUUCUCUGGGUCUCUCUCUGGUCCUCUCCUUCAUCCUAGUUCCUCUGCACUGUUUCCACAUGGGCCGGUCCUAUGGAAUCUUCCUCCUGCUCUUUUACGCGGUCUUCCUCCUGGUUGCGCUGCUCACUGAGUUUGGCUUUAUCCACACCGGAAGCCAGUAAGGGAUGUAAGGGAUGGACCAGUCUGGUGGAGCUGCCUGUGAGUACUGACAAGACUGUCGGAGACCUGAGUGACUUAAAGCCAAUAACACUGGGCCUUAAUUGAAUUGGAGCAAAUCACCCUGUGGCUUUACUUUAGUCUGUUUGCACUGACUGUAUUUUUAUAUUGAGAUUGCUAUUAGCUGUUACUUGAGAACAGCUUCUCUUCCUGGGGUCCACACAAAACAAUUAUACAGAAAUGACUGUAGGGACAAUUGUUCUUACAGGCAACAUCCCGUGAAUCUUAUGUGAAAGCAACACUGUUAAAAGUAACCCAUAUACCAACAAGGAGAAGAAAUACAUUAAAAAGCUGCAGUAGCACUAGGGAAUUAUCUCCUUUAAAUCAAUGUGAAUGCAGUGUCUCCUAUCUUAGUGAGACACACUGCUCUAUGUAAUGGUUGUGAGUAAACUGUCAAAUGUGCUCUAUGCGUUUUAUGGCAUAGAAAUACCUUCCAACUUCUGAAACAUGAAACAGUAGGGCGCAGCUGUUAAAAUGAUUUGAAGAUGGCCCUAAAAACAAGCUACUUUACGUAGUAGCUUCAAACAUUGUUUAAAAAAUGUUUCAUUAAGAAAUAGUUCUUUACCAUGACAGAUGUAUGAUAGAUAUAUAGGUAAUACAUUACUGCCCCUGAUAGAUAUUUGCACCUUUGGUAAAGGAUGCUGUUAGAACUUUGUCUGGACUGUGUGUAUAUGUGUUAAAGGAACUGAGCUCCAGGUAGAUCACAAGUCCCUAGUGAACUCCGUUUAACAGCUUAACUGAAGAGAACAUACUGAGCGGGGUUCAGUCUGGUUUUAGCACCACAACUGCAGCACAAUGUUGCUUUUUAUCAUUGAUUUAUCAAAGGCAUUUGAUUCAGUUGACCAUGAAUUGUUGCUAGCUAGACUCGGUAACGGGGCGGUAAACAGUUCCUAAACCAAUAUGUACAUGCUGACAAUCACAAGUCUAGAUUAAUAGAGGUGUACCCCAGGGUUCCAUUUUAGCUCCUGUGUUGUUCUCAAUGUGUAUUAAUGAUUUGGGAAAUGGGAUGCAACCAGUAAAGCUGCAUCUAUAUGCAGAUGAUAGUCAUAUUCAUGUGCACCUUCUCUGGUUCAGGCUGUUGAAGAGCUCCAGACUGCUUUUCAGUCACUUUUGUGGUCUCAAACUGGUAUUGAAUGUACAAACAACUAAAUUCAUGACCUUUAACAGAGUUAGCACUCAGCCAGAGAAGGUUAGCAUUGUCACAUCUAGGAGCUUAUCCAUUGAAGUGUCAUCCUACAAAUACCUAGAUAAAGGACUUGUCAUCCAACCAUAUAAAGUUCAUUUGGAUAAUCUUGUGAGGAAGCUUAAAUUGAAAUUGGGGUUUUAUUUUUGUAAUAAGGCUUGCUUCCUGCUUAUGGCCAGAAAGCAGAUUGAUCAGGCCACUUUUCUCUCUGUAAUUGAUUAUGGUGACUUGUUGUAUAUGCAUGCAGCCUCCUCUGUCAUGCAUCCUUACUCUUUAUUACAAAUGCCAAGUCACUCACCCACCAUUGCGGGUUGGACCUCACUUAAUAUGCGCAGAAAGCUACAUUUGUAUGUGUUCAUCUACAAAGCAUUAACUCUAGUCUGGUCUCCUUCACCGCCAGCAGUUACCGGGCCUGCUAGGUGAUUGCUACUUACAGGGGCAUGGAAUAGUCUACAACCAAUGCUUCAUCUAGAUAUGUUAGGGCCACUGACUUAAUAAAUCAGGAAGACUGUUACAGGAGUGUAGAUGCUUUUUUUUCAUGUUGAAUUGAUGCAUGUUUUAAUUCUAAUAUAUUGAUUGUUUGUAGCUGCCUUCUUGUCCAAGUCUCCCUUGAAAAAGAGACUCUGGGUCUCAAUGGGCUUUUCCUGGUUCAAUAAAGGUUCUUAUGACUCA